GUUAGCGGUAUUUACAAAACAGACGUGCAGUGUCUAAGUGCACAGUGAUAGUUUUACUUUUAGUAUUAUUUUGCCGUUACUGCAUAUCGGAUCAUUGUGAUCAGGGCAUCAAAAUGUUUUCUAAACUAAAUAACAUCCAUCUAGUAAAGACUGCGUAUGCUGACCGAGUAAUAAAUGUUGGUGAAGUACUACUUGGAGAACACUGUAGAAAUAAAAUGAAAAAUCAAGACCGUGAUAUUCAAAGAAACCACAUUCUACGUGCAGCUUGUGCUCAUCUGAAUUCUGGAGGAGGUUUGAUUGUAAUGCGUGUCAAAAAUGAAAAUUACGCUUUAUCUGAUGGUUUGGGACAUGAUAUUGAACAAGGACUUAGAGAACUUGUUAGCCCCCAAACAAUACAAGAUAACUUUGCCUUUUUACAACAAGGAACUCACGUCAUCAUUUUUGUCAAAUCCUGGACUGGAGGCAGCAGAGAUACUGGAAGCGACAAAGCCAGGAUUUGCAGUAUUGACUGUCAAGCAUUUAAAAGGUGCGGGACAUCAACUUUGAGAAUUGCACCAAAUGAGUUUGUUGGAUUUUUUCGGCAAAAGCACUUGAAUGCAGGGAAAAUUUGCUCUCCUAAGAGAAUAAAAUUAUCCACCCCACAAGAUAAAAUACUAACGCAAGUAAUUCAAUUCUGCGCUAAACAAAAUGUGAAAGUUGGAGAGGUUGUAGAUUUUGGAGAAAGUAACUAUGUAGAAUUAAAAAGUUUUGAAGGGAAAAAGUUUCAAAACAGGCUGGAUGAGAGCCUGCGAAAAUAUAUUUCUGCAUUUGGAAACACAAAUGGCGGGAUUUUCUUUGUUGGCAUUCAUGAUAAAACCAAAACAGUAGUGGGAUGUGGGAAAGAUGCUAAGCCAGAAUUAUUUAAACAAAUUGUGGAAGAGACGAUGAAGAAACUAACUAUUGUCCAUUUUGCUCACUGCUCAAGCCAGCGUGACAUCGAGUAUAAACUGCAUGUUAUAAAUGUCACUGAUGACUCAGAAGCACACCAAGGCUAUGUAAUGGCACUCAGAGUGAAAAAGCACUGCUGUGUCAUUUUUUCAAAAAAUCCUGAAUCAUUCAAGAUUGAAGGAGAUGACAUAACAAGUGUAACACCAGGAGAAUGGAUGCAGAUGAUGAUGGGUACUGAUCCUGUUGUUCAAGAACUUUGUGAAAAUUUUGAGAAAGAACUAAGUAUGGCUUCUUCACCACCACAGUGUAAACCAGUUUAUGGUCUAAAAAAUACAGACAGACUGGACCAGCUGCAAAAAAAAAUAUACCCAGUUCAAUCUGAAGGAAUAGAAAGCAUCCCACCUACACUAUGUGCACGACUAAAAGUUGAAAGGUUUGAUGACAAAUUGAAGCCAAACGGAGAACAAGGUGUUCUGAUUUUCUCUCGGAGUUGGGCAGUUGACAUUGAAAUGGAGAAGAAUGACAACGUUAUCUGCGAUGCCCUGUUGUUCUGCACAAACAGCUUCCCAGUCUUGUACACCGUAGUGGAGAAGGCCACCGAAGAGCUGCUGGAGUAUUCAAGGCAAACUGCAUGUCAAAUAAAGCAAAAGCUGGUCAAUGUUGGGGGAUACUCUGAAUGGAUCUGCGUGAUACCGCAGCUUUUUGAACUCCAGUCCAGGACUGUGAUUUCAAGUGAGGCAAACCAUUCCACUUUAAAUCUGAGGAACCAAUAUCCAGAGAACUACCAUAUUGUUGAUGUUAAAGCCAUUCUGCGGUCUCUAGUGCUUAUUUUAUUAAGUUUUAAGUCACCUUUGAGUGACCAACUUGGUUGUGAAUUUCUAAAUUUGCUCACCAUUGAACAAUUUGAAAUUCUUAAUUCAAAGUACAACAUUGAAUACUUUAGAGAAAUGUUUGUUCAUGGCUUACCAGGAACUGGAAAAACAGUGAUUGCAGAGAUGCUCAUCAGGAGAAUCCAAAGAACCUUUCACUGCCGACCAGAAGAAGUCCUUUAUAUCUGUGAGAAUCAACCGUUGAGAGAAUAUAUGCGGAGAUUUGAAAUUUGUCGUUGUGAAACAAGAUCAGCAUUUAUAGCUUCUGAAUUUCCUGAUGUAAAACACAUUGUUGUGGAUGAAGCCCACAAUUUCCGUAAAGAGAAUACUAACUGGUACACCAAAGCCAGAAACAUUAUUCAUAAAAGAAGUAACGCUUCUGGCCGUGGUGUGUUCUGGAUCUUCCUGGACUAUUUUCAGUUAAAUCACCCGUACCCCAGUGGUUUACCCAAAAUUGAAUGCCAAUAUCCGAAAGUGGAUUUAACCCUAUGUGUUCGCAACAGCAAAGCCAUUUACAGCUUAAUGUAUGAGGAGAUGAUCCAAAUAAUGAACGGCAACUUUUUGAGAAAUCGAAAAAGUCUUCACGCUCAUUGCAUCAAACAGAUUAAUGAAGCUAAAUGUGGGCAUUCCUUUCAGGGAUUUAGAAAAAGUAUUUGCUACAAAAACCAUGAUGGCAUUGCGGUUCAUAUUUUCAGUAUAAUACAGUCCAAACUAAAACAAGGUUACACAAACAAGGACUUUGUCAUUCUUUGCAACACAAAAGUGGAUUGUAAAAAGUAUUAUGACAAACUGGUUCCUCUUUUCAAGAAGGUGAGGCCUCCACCAGUAUUUUCAGAGGCAGUUGCAAUUUACAAAAAUGAAAUUAUAUUAGAUACAGUCCGAAGGUUUUCGGGCCUUGAAAGAAACAUAGUAUUUGUUGUGCAUCCAGAAGUACACGAAAAGCACAGGGAUCUUCAGGACAACUUUGUUCUUGACGCUGCCUCCAGGGCUCGUGUUCAACUAUUUGUUUAUACACAAGAGGAAAAUUCAACAGAGGUUAAUAACAAAGAGAAUGAGCCAAUUACAGAAUUUAUACAAAUCUGAAUGCAGGAAUGGAUCUAAAGCGUUCCAGUGUGUACCUUUCAGAGCUCUUCUUAAUUCUUGAGAUUUGGUCCCCAUUUUACUUUGAGGCUGUCAUCGUCUGAUGCAGCAUUCUGCACUUGCUAAAUCUGAAAAGACAGCUUGACAUUGCAUAUCUCUCUGAAAUGUACUGUCAAGAACAUUUCAGUUCUAUCGGUUUAUCUUUCAGGACAUGCCUAACAAUCGUCUUUUAGCCUUAAAAUGAGACAAAUCUCAGCACAAGUGACAAUCAACCCAUAACAAAUGUGACUUUGUCUUUACUAAUUCAACAAUAUCCAAACAUGUAGAAGUCAUAAAUGUAGCGCUGGACUGUUUCCAUGCGGUUUACAAAAAAAAAAGAGCCUGGUGCUGCCAAAUCAAGUGCACUUAAUUAGCUGAUGAUCAAGAGGUUCUGUGACUGAGGAAAAAAGUGAAGAUCUUUGGCUGUUUGGUCAGAAGCAUUUCGAUUUGUGGCAACACCAUGCUAAGGACACACACGUGUGCAAUGAGCUCAGAGAAACAACUUUGGCCUCUAAUCAUUCUGGGAAGGCUCAUAAACCCACUUCCAAACAAUCCACGUUCAUCAGCCUUCAUUGAUCUACAGUCUACAAAUGAAGAACAUUAAUAACUUCAGAAAAAGACCAAGCAAGUGAGGCCUUUAAUGGAGGAGUAGUAAAGAGAAACCACUUCUCUCCAAAAAGAGAGCACAGCCUCACAGUUUAGGUUUUCAAAAAUGUAUCUGAAUGAGCCACUGGACAUCUGCAGCAAUUGACAAAAGAUGCUAAAAUGGAGUUGAUUGGUCAAAUUUUAGAUGGCAAUGUUUUGGAAAUAUCAAAUACAGUUUAUCCCUGAAAGAUACCAUUUAUUUUUGUAUAGCCCAAAUCACACAAGAAGUGUCUCAAUGGGCUUUAGUGACCCAACAUUUGCGCGAUAGACACAUGAGUGCCGUCAAAAUAGCGCCCAUUAAAACACGGCGUCAAAAUCGCACUGACAAAAUCGCGAAAGUUUCAUUAAAUAUGAAUUACUAGUUUAAAGCAUAUAUAAUAAUGUUUAUUUUAGAAGUC